ACACUGACAGCGGCGACCAGGGGACCGAUCCACCGACAGUCCCUCAGGGUGAAUCCAGCCUGCAGUAUUAACAACAACUACUUUAACUAUACACCGAUUAAAAUACCCACUAAGAGUUUCACGCAGGAACCAUGUCUAAGGGACCAGCAGUCGGCAUUGACCUGGGCACAACCUACUCCUGUGUAGGAGUGUUUCAGCAUGGCAAAGUUGAGAUCAUUGCCAAUGACCAGGGAAACAGGACCACACCCAGUUAUGUUGCCUUCACUGACACUGAAAGGCUGAUCGGGGACGCAGCCAAGAAUCAGGUGGCCUUGAACCCCAACAACACAGUAUUUGAUGCAAAGCGUCUUAUUGGACGUCGGUUUGAUGACGCGGUUGUCCAGUCGGACAUGAAACAUUGGCCAUUUACAGUCAUCAAUGAUGCAACACGCCCUAAAGUAAAAGUGGAGUACAAGGGAGAGACCAAGACCUUCUACCCAGAGGAGAUCUCCUCCAUGGUGCUAAUUAAAAUGAAGGAGAUUGCAGAGGCAUACCUUGGGAAGACUGUAACAAAUGCCGUAGUGACUGUGCCUGCCUACUUCAAUGACUCUCAGCGCCAAGCCACCAAAGAUGCAGGGACCAUUUCUGGGCUCAAUGUCCUUCGUAUUAUCAACGAGCCGACUGCUGCUGCUAUUGCUUAUGGCCUGGACAAAAAGGUGGGAGCUGAGAGAAAUGUCCUCAUCUUUGACCUGGGCGGUGGCACAUUUGAUGUCUCCAUCUUGACUAUUGAAGAUGGCAUCUUUGAGGUCAAGUCCACAGCAGGCGACACACAUUUGGGUGGAGAAGACUUCGAUAACCGCAUGGUCAACCACUUCAUCUCCGAGUUCAAACGCAAGUACAAGAAAGACAUCAGCGAUAACAAGAGGGCGGUUCGUCGGCUGCGCACAGCGUGCGAGAGGGCCAAGCGCACUUUGUCAUCGAGCACUCAGGCCAGCAUUGAAAUCGAUUCUCUGUACGAGGGCAUCGAUUUCUACACCUCGAUCACCAGGGCCCGGUUUGAGGAGCUGAAUGCAGACCUGUUCCGAGGAACCCUGGACCCUGUGGAAAAGGCUCUCCGUGACGCCAAGAUGGACAAGGCUCAAAUCCACGACAUUGUCUUAGUGGGAGGUUCAACUCGUAUUCCCAAGAUCCAGAAGCUGCUGCAGGACUUUUUCAACGGGAAGGAACUCAAUAAGAGCAUUAACCCUGACGAAGCAGUGGCCUAUGGUGCAGCUGUGCAGGCAGCCAUCCUGUCAGGCGACAAAUCAGAGAAUGUUCAGGAUCUGCUGCUGCUGGAUGUGACCCCCUUGUCUCUGGGCAUCGAGACUGCUGGAGGAGUCAUGACUGUUCUGAUAAAGAGGAACACCACUAUUCCCACGAAGCAGACCCAGACUUUUACCACCUAUUCAGACAACCAGCCUGGUGUGCUCAUUCAGGUGUUUGAAGGUGAAAGGGCCAUGACCAAAGACAACAACCUUUUGGGGAAAUUUGAGCUGACUGGAAUCCCCCCUGCACCCCGAGGGGUUCCUCAGAUUGAGGUGACCUUUGAUAUUGACGCCAACGGCAUCAUGAAUGUCUCCGCGGUUGACAAGAGCACCGGGAAGGAAAACAAGAUCACAAUCACUAACGACAAAGGUCGCUUGAGCAAGGAGGACAUUGAGCGUAUGGUCCAGGAAGCAGAGAAGUACAGGGGAGAGGAUGAUGUGCAGAGAGAGAAGGUGUCUGCCAAGAAUGGUCUGGAGUCUUACGCCUUCAAUAUGAAGUCCACUGUGGAGGACGAGAAGCUGAAGGAGAAGAUCAGCGACGAGGACAGACAGAAGAUUGUGGAGAAGUGUAACGACGUCAUCAGCUGGCUGGACAGGAACCAGUAUGCAGAAAAAGACGAGUUUGAGCAUCAGCAGAAGGAGUUGGAGAAGGUGUGUAACCCCAUCAUGACCAAGCUGUACCAGAAUGCAGGAGGGAUGCCAGCUGGGAUGCCAGGGGGAAUGCCAGGAGGGAUGCCAGGCGGCUUCAGCGGAGCUGGUGGUGCUCCUGGAGGGGGAGCAUCCUCCGGCCCCACCAUCGAGGAGGUUGACUAAACUAGAGGUUUACCAAACUUGCAUGAGCUUGCUCUCUUUCCUUUUGUUGGAGGUUGGUGUGAAGGUUGAUCACAGUCAUAAUAUCU